AAUGCACUUGUGUUUGCGGGCUUGUUGUAGAUCCCCUUAGAGGCUCUGAUUUCUCGUCGCUCCUUGCGCGAUUUCGUUCCUUGCGCGAUUUCGUUCGCGGCUGCGUUUUCUGAGACUGUGAGACGUGAUUUUUGUCUUGAGUUUUGGUGUGUGAGGAGGAGUUUGGAGGAAUGUUUUUUUAGAGGCACUUCUCUCUCUCUCUGCAGGCACUCUCAAUCGGAGAGGUUGCGUGUUCUGGUAAGUGAUGGUUGUGGUGAAGGCGCGGAGGUGCUGCUCUUAAGAAGACUCUGAUUUGAAUUGUGGCGAUUUUUGAGAAAUUUUAUCAGGAGCAGCGAGUUUUUAGGUGUUGACGAAGCAGCGGUUCCAGAAAUGUUGCGUUUCGAACUUGGAAGGGAAUGUUGAUAGAAAUGAUUGCGUAUGCUCGUGGUAUUUGGCCUUGAGACGAUGGUUUGUUUAUUUUAUUUUUUGGAGGAAUAAUGUUGUUUGAGGGGUAUUUUGAGCUGAAGUUGAAGUCAUUGAGGUGAGGGCCAUGGGAAGGGCGAACGUCUCAGCGGUAGUGGAAUGGCAGGUGGCGUUGUCCGGCGCCAAGUUUAUUUGAGGGUCUUGGUUACUAUGGUUUGCAAGAGGCACUGAACUAUAUUUUCAGGAAACGCACCAAUCAACGUCAACUUUUCCGAACAACCGUAAACAUUACAUGUCUGCAGUCUCCUUGUUACAUUUGCAUCCACCUAGAAGCCGUUGCAAAUACCUUGGCACUGCUGUACUAGUUGCUAAUUUAUCAAGAUCUACUCUAUAGCUUUACAAGGUGAAGGGUGUGAUGAGUGCCAGAAGCGUGAUCCCCGGAAAAUGACACACACUUUGUUUCUCGCUAUUGAUCAAAUGCCUGCCUGAACCUUCAAAUCACGUCAGCGAACCUCACCUUGUCAUCUACGGGACUGUGGACAACGUAUUUCUUGGACAGCACUUUGGUCAGGAUCGGAGAUCUGCAUAUCGACCGUCUUUGUAGAGCUAAAAAGGAAAAGAAAAAAAAAGAAAAAAAAAAGGGGGGGAAAAAGGAAAAAAAGGGGAAGAAAUUCCGAAGUUCCGUAAUCGAAAAAACCAUUACAGCAUACCCCUGCAUCGAAUACACAGACAAGUAAUUUGAUAGAUACCGAAGCUCUUCAAGUCAUCAUCUGGACAAUACAGUAAGUCAAAAUUGCGACGCCAACCUCAAGAAUGCCAGGCUUCCGUUGCCCUGGACCGACUAAAACUGCACCCUAUGGAACAUACUCCUUCCUCCAAGAUGCUCAAACGCCUACUGGCAAAGACUUGACAAGGGAUCGACGCAUAGAUCGCGCCUUUGAUUAUCUACCAGCAGUUGACGCUGUGCCUGAUGCUCCAAACAAGUUCAAAGCAUGUCGGACACAACAAUAUUACGCGGAGUGGAUGAAAGAUAUGGCGUGCUCUGCCUCCAUCUCCUGCAGCAGCGUUGGUUGCCCUAUUAGUAUCAGCCCUGCCUCACGGGGCCGCAACGGUGACAAUGAUAACGACGACCUUGCUGCCAUGGUGGACGAUUUUAUUGAGAGCUCCUGCUAUCCUGUUUCACACGACGGCAAUGAUUCUGAGAGUGGACUUUCCUCUUCAGCAAAAUCCCCCCACGCCUUGCAGACUUUGACAUUUAUCGAUGAAGGGAUCGAAGCAGAGCUUUUUAAUACGGUUGGAAAGAUAAUUUUGACCAUCGAUGUCGACACGUUGAUUUGCAACGCUGAAGGAACCGACUGCAGGGGUGGCUGCAUCAAGCGCUUGGUCGCUAGCCAGUUGCAAGCGGCAGGCUUCGACGCGGCCGUCUGCAAAUCCAAGUGGAAAGGCUCCGGUCAAGUGCUUGGCGGUACGGUACAAAUGGGUGAAUACGAGUACAUCGAUGUGGAAGUGGAUUGCAACCAGUCCGUGGAGCAUUUGAUAGUGGAUGUCGAUUUUCAGGACCAAUUUGUACUGGCGAGAGCUACUUCUAACUACCUUGCCGCACUCAAGCUCCUCCCCAUAGUUUUCGUUGGCUCAACGAAGAGAUUAGGACAGAUACUUCACAUCAUGGCAGAACAUGUCAAACUGUCUCUAGAAAAAAAUUCUAUGCCGCUUCCGCCUUGGCGCACUCUUGAUUUCAUGAAUUCCAAGUGGCUGUCACCAAUUGAACGUGUUGUAGAUAAGUUGUGGCCAUGUCCGGCUAGAGGUUCUUCGACCCUUAGUUUGAAAGGCCCCCUUGCGUCCAUGCCUGAAUUUAGGCAAUGUGAUGUUCACUUAGUCCGCUUGAGAGAUUCUCUGGUACAGGAAGUUCACAGUGCAUCAGGUUGGGGUAGAACUCAACCACACCGUGCUUCAAAAGCGAAGCGAAGCAUCGGCAUCUCCUGAACACUGUUCUGCAGAUUAACUGGCUGUGAACCGAUACAGAUUUUACCCAAGGCAACUUGGACAACUUAUGUUGCAUCCAAUGCCAACAUGGACAACUCUUAAACUACCAGUUUAUCUCGGAGAAGAGGUUGAGUUUUUUAGACCUCACGGGACACACCAGAUCCUGACUUGAUGGCCUGUACUGAUGCCCCUUAGAUUUUUCCCGGACGUGAUGAGAUAUUGGUGUUCUGAAACCACGGACAUUCAUUGAUUAGCUUGUUCACUGGAUUUCUGGUCCCAAUCCUGAAUUCUAUUGUAUAAACCCUAAGUAAAGGAAGUCUUACCACAGGUAAUCCAGCCAAAACCAUUUGGCACGAGGAACGAUUUGCUGAUAACAACCGCAUGUCUGUGAACAAUCAGUUCAUCAUCGUCUUUGAGUUUGAUUGGGGUUUUCAACAUGGAAUUCUAACUCUCAUGUUCUCUGAGUUAUUGGCAAACUGUUCCACAGCAAAUGGCAAAAACUAUGUUCAUGUA